AUGCCACCAGAUUGGACCAAUACCCUCGCCUAUAUCGGCCUUGCAGCCGUAGCGUAUACAACUUACAAGUUCACCCGCCAAGCAACAGUCUACCUCCUCCCUUCGACCUUAACGAAAACCCACAACCCAUCCGGACAAAACUGGGCCCUAGUCACAGGCGCCACAGAUGGAAUCGGCUUCGGAUUCUGUCAGGAACUCUGCGCACGCGGGUUCAACGUGAUAUUGCACGGCCGGAACGCCUCGAAGCUUGAACAACGCGCACGUGAGCUAGAAGCCGAGUUCCCAAACUGCAAGACGGAGAUUGUAGUUUUGGACGUUGUGGGCGUGACAUCUGCUGCCAUUGACUCUGUUGCGAAUCAAGUACGCGCGAUCACUGAAAAACAAGGGGGUGAUCUGAGUGUUUUGGUGAAUAAUGUUGGCGGGGAGGUAAAGCCGUAUACGCUAUUAGAUGGGUAUACAUUUGACGAGGCGGCGAAGACCGUCGAUAUGAAUGCGGGAUUCAUGCUACAGAUUACACGGGCUUUAUUGCCGUUGCUUUGUGAGGAGACGAGGGGUCUUGUGUUGAAUGUUUCGUCAAUUUCGGCGAUGGGGAUGCCUUAUAUUAGUGUCUAUUCUGCGUCGAAGGGAUUUGUGGAUACUUUGACGCGGGCGCUGGAGGCGGAGGUUUAUGCUGAGGGUCGGAAUGUUGAUAUCAUGGGAUUGCGCGUAGGACAGGUGCGCACAGCUGGUUUCGGCGUUACGAGAGGGUUGUUUAUUCCCAAUGGGCGUACAUUGGCAUCGGCAGCGUUGAAUCGCGUUGGAUGUGGACAGGUGAUCGUAUGGGCGUAUUUCUGGCAUUGGGUGCAGGGUCUCUCUGUUGAUCUAUUGCCACGGUCGAUGAUGAUGAAGAUUACGACGAUGAAGAUUAAGUCACUGAAGCAGCUAGAGCACAGGGGCGAGAAAGCGAAGAGCACAUAG